AUUUAGGUUUACUUAUAUACGUUUAAUUAUUUCGAUUUACUAAAUCGAAUUAGCGUAGCACGGAAUGCGUAAAUCAUUCCCUGAAACUAAAUGAUGCAGGAGCAACUUGGACCUUCAAAAACUGUUACAGCGAGUCUACCUGAAAAAGUAGACACAUGCUGUUGCGAACUUUUUCUUAGAACUCUUUAUGACGAACAAUUCCGUCAUAACACAUCUUGACGCAGCGCACACACAAAGAUGAUAAUUUCUCUUCGUCCUUUAUUGUAAUAUUUCUGAUUUAUUCAACAGCGCCUACUGAUGAUAGCGUGAUCGUAUGUUGCCUGAAGCCUUCCUCAUGAAUUGGCUAUCUAACCUUGAUACUAUUCUUGAAAACGGACCAGUGGUUCGACAUAGGCAUACUCUUCAGCUUUUUAAUAUUGAUAAUAUCGCUAGUAUCGCUAAUGCACUAUGGCAAAACAACUUUUGUUGGGACGGCGAGUAUACUAUACAUUAUAGAAUACUAGCGACCCGCCCCGGCUUCGCACGGGAGCAAUGCGCAAUAUGCGCUACAGAAUUUAUUUAACGUUCUUUAUUUUGAUAAGCAUUCAUUCAUACCAUCGUUAUGAAACAACCUUGGAAAAAGCGUUUGAAAGAAAAAUUGAAUACUUGUCACAGUAGUCGUAUUUUGUUAUGGAUAAGUACCAUCUCAACAAAAAACAGCUUCGCAAAAUGUUUUGUUUGUCAAUAAAAGUAAUAGCCAAAAGAAUUGUUCUUGUGAGUCAAUCUUAGAGGAAAGACAUAAUAUAUAUGAUGUUUGCGACUUUUUUGUAGAUCUUUUUAUGGUAUACAUAAUAAUAUUGUUCAACAUUAUUUUGAUGCAGCUCGUGGGAUUAAGCCAGUGUUUGCAAUGAAAGUUUGAAAUAAAAUUAUAACAAAAAAAUUGUUAUUGUGAGCCAACCUUAAAAGAUAGAGAUAUGCCCUCGCGGACUUUUUUGUAGAACUCUUUAUGGUGUACAAUAUUGUAGAACAUUAUUUUUAUGUAUCUCGUGCGAUUAAGCCAGCGUUGGCAAUCGUAAAAGAAUAUUAAAUACAUUUGAAACCUCUAAAAUUGACUAUCUUCCUCUACUAAUUUAUGCAUAGAUUAAACUUAAAAACCUGCCUUUGAAUCACUUCAUCUAUUAAAAAAACCGGAUAAAAAUCCGCUAAGAAGUUUUAAAGAUUUAAGUAGCCAAGGGGAAAUAGGGACAAAAAAGCGGUUCUGUUUUAUAAUAUGUAGUGAUGACGCUCGUGCAAAUCUGUAAGACUGUCAGUCUGUAUUUUAACCGAUGAGUCGCUAACAAGCAAUACUUACCUAACGGCACGAAUGUUGUUAGCUAUUAUAAGUGUUGUUCUCUAAUUUGAGCGUCGUACGUAACAGCCGGAAAUGAGUUUUUCAUUGCUUUACUCAGCAAAUAGGGAUUCAUAAUUUGUUAUAAGUAUUUUAUAGUUCAAACAGGUACAGUUGCCAUCAGAUAUAUCGUAGCAAACAAGGUGACCAAAUACUUCUGAACAAUUUCAAAUGUCAAUAAGUUCCAUUCGCUACAAGUUACCAUUAAUAUCUGAACAUUUAUUACCUCGUUAAUAUCUGAGCAGAUGCUUGUCAAUAAUUUCUAUACAAACUACAAACCAAAACUAUCUGAACACUUACAACGUCAAGUUUAUCUACAUGGGGACUACCUUCUGGCGUGAUCAACUUUGUUCCGGCUGAUGAAAAUAUAUUUUUGGAAGCAGUAUCCUCGAAUCCGAAUCUAGCGGGUAUUUCUUUCGCCGGUACAACUCGUACGCUGGAACAUAUUUAUCAAACCAUCGGUGGGAAGAUCCAAAACUACGCUCGGUUCCCGCGCCUCGUGGGCACCGGCAGUGGGAAGAGUUUCCACGUGGUCCACACCUCCGCCAACCUGGCUAAUGCCGUGGCGUGCACGGUGCGCGCCGCAUUCGAGAUGGCGGGGCAGAAGUCCUCAUCGUGCUCACGUGUUUUUGUUGCGGAAUCGCUAAUGCCUCGCUUUAUAGAGCUGCUGGCACAAGUGGUCCAGUCCCUAGUGGUGUGCCACCCGCUCGACUAUCGCUGCUUCAUGUCGGCGGUAGUGUCGCAGGACGCCUACGACAAGGCGUGCGGCGUGCUGCAGCGCGCGGGCGCGGACCCGGGCGUGCGGCGCGUGUGCGGGGGCCGCGCCGACCCCGAGGUGGGCUACUUCGUGGAGCCCACCGUGUACGUGGUGCGCGAGCCGGCGCACGAGCUGCUCUGCAACGAGAUCCGCGGCCCGCUGCUCACCGUCUGCAGCUUCCCGGACAACGACCCGGACUCUCUCGUCUGGGCGAUGGCGCAGUCGCCUUACGCCACCAGUGGAUCUAUAUUUGCACGUGACAGAGAGUGGACGCGGUGGGCUGUGAGCGCGCUGCGGGACCUGUCGGCCACGCUGUACGUCAACGACCGCUGCAGCGAGGAGCUGCCCGGACAACAGUCCGUGGGCGGCACGCGCAAGUCCAGCUCCGGCGGCGCCAAGGCGGGGUCCAUCUCGUACCUGCUGCAGCUAGCCCCCUACCCUCGGCCGCCUUGCUAACGCGCGUAGUGUCCGCAGGCGGGGUCCAUCUCGUACCUGCUGCAGCUAGCCCCCUACCCUCGGCCGCCUUGCUAACGCGCGUAGUGUCCGCAGGCGGGGUCCAUCUCGUACCUGCUGCAGCUAGCCCCCUACCCUCGGCCGCCUUGCUAACGCGCGUAGUGUCCGCAGGCGGGGUCCAUCUCGUACCUGCUGCAGCUAGCCCCCUACCCUCGGCCGCCUUGCUAACGCGCGUAGUGUCCGCAGGCGGGGUCCAUCUCGUACCUGCUGCAGCUAGCCCCCUACCCUCGGCCGCCUUGCUAACGCGCGUAGUGUCCGCAGGCGGGGUCCAUCUCGUACCUGCUGCAGCUAGCCCCCUACCCUCGGCCGCCUUGCUAACGCGCGUAGUGUCCGCAGGCGGGGUCCAUCUCGUACCUGCUGCAGCUAGCCCCCUACCCUCGGCCGCCUUGCUAACGCGCGUAGUGUCCGCAGGCGGGGUCCAUCUCGUACCUGCUGCAGCUAGCCCCCUACCCUCGGCCGCCUUGCUAACGCGCGUAGUGUCCGCAGGCGGGGUCCAUCUCGUACCUGCUGCAGCUAGCCCCCUACCCUCGGCCGCCUUGCUAACGCGCGUAGUGUCCGCAGGCGGGGUCCAUCUCGUACCUGCUGCAGCUAGCCCCCUACCCUCGGCCGCCUUGCUAACGCGCGUAGUGUCCGCAGGCGGGGUCCAUCUCGUACCUGCUGCAGCUAGCCCCCUACCCUCGGCCGCCUUGCUAACGCGCGUAG